UGGUUUAGCAGGCAGUCGCCUGGGCACCGCCGGGCAUCGAAACUAAACAGUAACACCCGCUUUUAGGUUAUUUUGUUAUAUUUACAUACAUUUGUUUCUCGCAACUCAUCUAGGCACUGUUGUAUUCACCUUUUUUCACACAUUGCGCUCACUGUGAUAAUCAAGUUAGAUCAGACACUCCUCAAGAAUGGUUCGAAACGAUCAUCAUAGAAAGCGGUCUCGGAGUCGAUCAAGGGACCGUAAGAAGAGGCGCCGAAGUCGUAGCCGUUCUCGUGACAGGGAACGUGAAAGGGAAAGGGAACGAGAAAGAGAACGUGACAGAGAGAGAGAUAGAGAAAGGGAAAGAGAUCGGGACAGGGACCGUGAUAGGGACAGAGAUAGACAUCGGCGUUCUCGCAGCAGGGACAGGAAGCAUGAGAAAGAUAAGGAAAGGGAUAAGGAUAGAAGUAAACGUAAUGCCAGUUCAAAAUCCAAAGUCAAAUCUUCUAAAGAUUCAAGAUCGAAGUCUCGCUCCAAGUCCCGGGAUCGGGAAAGGAAGGACAAGGAAAAGGAUAAGGUCGAAGACAAUAAAGAUGAUGAGCCCUUCAACCCAGCCAACUUGGAUAAGGAGGCUGAACAAAAAAGGUUAGAAGAAGAAAUGAGGAAACGCAGGGAAAGAAUAGAACUUUGGCGAGCAGAACGGAAAAAAGCUGAGACAGCCGAGGGAGUUAAACAAAUUGUUAAAAAUGCAACAGCAGCUGUUAGUAACAUUGUGGCAUCAGGGCGCAAAUGGAAUCUAGAGGAUGAUGACGAUGAUGAAGAAGAUGAGAAAGAAAAGGAAAAAAAGAAAGAUUCCGAAGAAAAUGACGAAGAUUCAACUGAAAAAGAUGAUGAAAAGGCUAAUGAUAAUGAUAAAGACAAUGAUAAGGAUAAGGACAAGGAUAAGGAUAAAGAUAAUGAUGGCGAUGCUGGGGGUGAGGUUGGAGGAGAUGAAGAAGAUUCUGAGAAGAAAGAAGAAACCAUAGAUGAUGAUGAUGAAAUAGACCCAUUAGAUGCAUUUAUGGCGGGAGUUCAGGAAGAAGUUAGGAAAGUCAACAAACAGGAUGCCAAAAAUGCUAGUGCGUCAGCUAAGACAUCUGGUGUGGUGAUUGUGUCAGGUGUAGCAAAGAAGAAGUCAGACAAAAAGAAGGGAGAGCUAAUAGAACAGAAUCAGGAUGGUUUAGAAUAUUCAUCUGAAGAAGAAGAAGAAAAUCUAAAUGAAACUGCUGCUAAUUUAGCCAAUAAACAGAAAAAAGAGUUGGCAAAAGUUGAUCACAGCAUUCAAGAAUAUAUUCCAUUCCGUAAAAGUUUUUAUGUAGAGGUUCCAGAGAUUGCUCGCAUGACACAAGAAGAAGUUGAUGCUUACAAAGAGGAAUUGGAAGGCAUUCGAGUUAAAGGCAAGGGUUGCCCAAGACCAAUCAAAACAUGGGCACACUGUGGUGUAAGUAAAAAAAUGUUGGAGGUUCUUAAAAAGCAUAAUUAUGAGAAACCAACCCCAAUCCAAGUUCAAGCAAUCCCUGCUAUUAUGUCAGGUCGAGAUCUCAUUGGUAUUGCCAAGACGGGUUCGGGGAAAACACUGGCCUUUGUUCUUCCUAUGUUGAGGCACAUCAUGGACCAACCACCUCUUGAGGAAUUGGAUGGUCCUAAUGCUGUGAUUAUGAGUCCAACAAGAGAGUUAUGUAUGCAAAUUGGCCGUGAAUGUAAGAAGUUCACAAAACCUCUUGGGUUACGUGUUGUUUGUGUUUAUGGUGGGACAGGAAUUUCAGAGCAAAUAGCAGAAUUAAAGAGAGGUGCAGAAAUAAUUGUUUGCACACCUGGUCGCAUGAUUGAUAUGUUGGCUGCAAACAGUGGUCGAGUGACAAAUUUGAGGAGAGUAACUUACAUAGUUCUGGAUGAGGCGGACCGUAUGUUUGAUAUGGGCUUUGAGCCACAGGUAAUGAGAAUCAUUGAAAAUGUUCGACCUGACCGACAGACAGUCAUGUUCAGUGCUACUUUCCCCAGACAAAUGGAGGCUCUGGCUAGAAGAAUACUUAACAAACCCAUUGAAGUCCAGGUUGGUGGACGAAGUGUUGUUUGUAAGGAUGUUGAACAGCAUGUGGUAGUUUUGGAUGAGGAGCAGAAAUUUUUGAAGCUUUUAGAGCUCCUAGGUAUUUAUCACCCUCAAGGAGGAGUCAUAGUAUUUGUUGAUAAGCAAGAAGCUGCUGAUGAACUUUUAAAAGAUCUGAUGAAGGCUUCAUAUCCGUGUAUGUCUCUUCAUGGUGGUAUUGACCAGUUUGAUAGAGAUUCAACUAUUGUUGAUUUUAAAUCUGGGAAGGUGAAAUUGUUGGUUGCUACAUCCGUCUGUGCCAGAGGCUUAGAUGUAAAAAACCUUAUUCUUGUUGUGAACUAUGACUGUCCCAACCAUUAUGAAGAUUAUGUUCAUAGAGUUGGGAGAACAGGAAGAGCUGGUAACAAAGGUUAUGCUUAUACAUUCUUAACACCAGAUCAAGAACGAUGUGCAGGUGAUAUAAUCCGAGCUUUUGAGCUCUCGGGUGUGGCAAUUCCUGACGCACUUCGCAUCAUGUGGGACAGAUGUAAAGCUAGAGCAGCUGCUGAAGGCAAAAAGAUCCACACUGGUGGUGGCUUCUCUGGGCGUGGUUUCAAAUUUGAUGAAAACGAAGCUCAGGGUGUUGCCGAGCGAAAGAAGUUCCAGAAGGCUGCUCUUGGCUUGCAAGAUUCAGAUGAUGAGGAUUUGGAAAAUGAUAUAGAUCAGCAAAUUGAAAGUAUUAUGGCUCCCAAACGAAUAGUCAAAGAGGUGAAAGCUAGUGCUCUUGGUGCUCCAGGAAUGCCAGUUAUCCCUGCAACUGGAACAACACCAGUUACUGGUCCAUCUGAUAAGUUAGAACUUGCCAAAAAGUUGGCCUCAAGAAUACAAGUUGCUAAAAAUUUGGGUGUGGAUGCUAAGGUUAUGACACAAGUUACAGCAGAAGCCAUUCUGAAAGGUGCUACAUCCGGAGGACAACCCCUUAUUACGGCUAAGACUGUAGCUGAGCAACUUGCUGCAAAGUUAAACUCAAAGUUAAACUAUCAACCCAAAGAAGAGGAGGAUGAGAAGGUCAAAGAAGAGGAACCUGAAACCUUCAGAAAGUAUGAAGAGGAAUUGGAAAUUAAUGACUUUCCACAACAGGCACGGUGGCGAGUCACAUCAAAGGAGGCCCUUGCUCAGAUUAGUGAAUAUUCAGAGGCUGGUAUUACUGUCCGUGGAACAUUCUACCCACAAGGCAAAGCACCUCCUGAAAAUGAAAGAAAGUUAUUCCUCGCCAUUGAAAGUACUAAUGAGAUGGCUGUGAUGAAAGCUAAAACUGAAAUCACAAGGUUGAUAAAGGAAGAAUUGAUGAAACUACAGACAUCAGGUCAUCAUGGUCUGAAAUCACGCUACAAAGUUUUAUGACAACCUAACAUUAAUCUACGUGAGUUGCUUAAAUCAAUCAAAACACGCGAAACAUGUAAUAUGUCCCCUAGUUUUAGGUAUUUUUAUGUAGGUACCUCUACACUUUCUUUAGAAUCAAUGAAUUUGUACCUGUUACCUUAUUUCCUUAGAUUCUGUAUCACUGUCUACUUAAGUAUGAUGUAGAUAUGCGAUUUCUUCAAUGAACUUGGUAGAUAUCUUGUAUGUAAACAGAUACUGUGCAUGAAAGUAAAGGAUGUAAAAGAUGAACUCUUAAAAUAACUGUGCGGUAAAAUUUUAUGAAAGUAAAUCAGUCAUGUUUUUAUUUUUACAUCACAUGCUUCGUGUAUGUAAGUUUGACUUAAGCUUAUUGACUGACAAGGCUGUUCAAAAAGCAAUCAAAAGCAAGAAACCAUUUAAAAGACCGCGUGCCCAGUACCUUUUAUGUACCUACACUGUGUACACUAUCUGUUCUGUAAUCAUUAAAAUCUGGCAAUUUUU